AUGAACUUUGAUAGCUAUGCAAAUAUAGAUUUAUCGAUCACGAUCGCCUCCUCUCUUUCUCUCUCUUUCUCUCUCUCUUUCUCUCUCUCUCUCUCUCUCUCUCUCUCUCUCUUUCUCCCCAUCUCGCAAUUCCCAAGUUUCUUUGUUAUCUAUCUAUCUAUCUAUCUAUGUCAGGCUAUGCCUAUCUAUCUAUCUAUCUAUCUAUCUAUCUAUCUAUCUAUCUAUCUAUUUCAAGAUAUCCCUAUCUAUCUCAAGCGAUCCCUAUCUAUUUAUCUAUCUAUCCAUCUUUCUCAGAGUGUUCCUACUUAUUUAUCUAUCUAUCUCAGGAUGCUCCUAUCUAUCUAUCUAUUUCAAGAUAUUCCUAUCUAUCUAUCUAUCUAUCUAUUUCAGGCGAUUCCUAUCUAUCUAUCUAUCUAUCUAUCUGUCUGUCUGUCUGUCUGUCUGUCUGUCUCUGUUUAUUUAGUUUUAUAG